AUGGCUUGGGAGCUCGAGGGGCUAAUUUCACACCUAUUAAUCAUCAUAUCAUGUGCCGGCGAAGCAGGAUGUUCUGUCGAUGAUGUUGUGAAGGAAAUCAGAGGGGUUGUCAGUGUCUCUGCCCCACGACAUCGAGACAAUGGGGGAAACCUUUCAGACCAUGCAAUUGCUACCAUUUGGAGUUGGCUCGUAACAAGGAUUGAUGUAUCCGUGGGAUAUGACAGGAAUUACAAUGCCCUAUCUCUGGGAGAAGUGUUGGCCUUAAGCGGGAGUUUGACCGGAAAAGACAGCGUCACUGAUGGUACCCAAGGACGAAAUCGUGGAACAUUACAUCCAUCAUCGAAAUUAGGCGGCCCAUCAACUGGCCCGACUUUUUCCGCAGUUCGAGUCUACGUUUCUGAAGACACCAUGUGGGAGGCAAUUACAGGCCACUCAGUCAACUACAAAAGAGUCCCCCGUUCUGAGUGGCUCCUACUGUUGGGCAUCGCUUCGACCAAGAGUGAUGGCAUAUUGCAAGGCGAUCUAGGACGUCUCGUUGCCCAAGACAAACGAUCCGUCCCGAAGCGCACAGACUCUCUUGUGAAAAAGGGUUAUAUUGUGAAGAGAACGACUCUCGUUAGAGGGACAAAAACUAGCAAACUUUGGCUCAAGUCAUUUGCUCCCCCUCUUCCGAAAGAAACUGAUGAUCAAGUUGCUGAGCAGGAGGAGGAGAUAAAUCUCACCCAUCAAAUUUUGGCCGCUAAUCUCGAUCCUGUUCCGUGGCACACACGCUGGACUGGCGAAUCUAUGGAUUUCCAUGCUCUAGCUACCACUAUUAUGGCUACAACAAAAGAAUGGGGUGUUUUGCGCCUACGAGAUCUCAAAGCUAAGCUAGGUGUACUGGGCUUGCGUUGGCAAAUGAAGAUUGUAUCUAAGAUUUGCCGUUUCCUGAACUCUUGUGGUGCCAUUCAAUACGUGGCUGCCAAACUGGACAACAAGGUGUUCAAGGACUGCGUCAGGUACAACAAAGAUCUCAGUCCAAGGGACUGGUCAACUUUUCUUGCCACGGGUAAACGUGGUACCAAACCCAUGAAGACCGCUCUGCUAGGCAUAGUCGACCGGGCAGACCUGGACGCGCAUCCGGACGUGCCACAGGUCAAUGGGUCACGCCUGGGUGAGACUCCUCCAUGGUCAAUCGAUGAUCCGUUACCCCAGAAAAUCGUCAAGUCGGUUCGAUUAUUUGAAGUGGUUGGCCUGACAAACCCUGAGAUUUACGCCUUAACAUUGGGUCCUACCUUUAACAGGUAUAUUUCGAGUAUGACCACAAGCAUGGCGACAUCCAACGUCCAACCGUCGAACUUGCAGUAUCUUCAACUACAGAGCGAACACAUAAGAGUAGGUAAAGUGGCAUCGUAUCGAUAUUAUAUUUCACAGGCUCUUUUGGCAAGGAAUGCGGAUCCCAUCAACAGCGCUGGCAGAGACCGCCCAGCCUCCACAGCAUGCAUGCACUGGUUUGGGCUUGCUUCACCCAAGCCAAAGUUUAUUGCUGCCGAUGUUGCGAUCUCACACGUAUGUGGGCUAGUGAAACCCAAGAGUUCUACAUCUGGCGAGCCAAAGAAGCGCGGGCGGCCCAAAAGGUCUGAGCGGAGUGAACCAAAGGACUUUAUCACAAAGAGAAAUGAUCAGUCAAUCAUUGAAAGCGACGAUAGCAUGUCGCCUCGGAACACAAGUCUUAUUGUCACAUUUCAUGUGCCGAGCAAAGAACUUCAGGAAGCGAUUGGUCUUGGAUCUCGUACAUUUGUACGUGAAAAGGAAUCGCCAUUGCUAGUUCCCCAUGAUCAGAUCUUGGAAGAAAAAGCACCUAAUAAGGUACUCAACGACGAUUUAGUGCACAACGGAAUAGACAAGUCAUCGCCAAUUAACGCUCGACCGGGCCGUGGAAGGAAACGAGGCCAGGCACGGGGACGAGGACGCGGCAGACCGCCAAACACAGCCUCGACUGAGAGUCUGCGAUCCAGACCUUGGACAUGUGAUAUGUGUGGUGGGAGUUGGAGGAACGAUAUUGGGCUUAAAUAUCAUCUUGAAAGGUCCCAGACGUCUUGCAACCCUCAAUAUACAGCCGCAAAGAAAGAGGCGAGUCGUCGGGAGAAGGAACAGCCAAUUAUCAGUUCCGAGGCUUGUGAGUCUCCGGACGGAGAUUCGAUACAUGCGCUUGAGAGAGUUGCGUCCUCGGACCGAGGCAAUCGGAAACUGGCAGAGGGGAAUGUUGAUGAAUCUCCAGUCGUCCAUCACACGAGACGAAGAAAGGCAACCGCUGAAGACCCUACAGCAGGCCAAUUCCAAUUGGCAGUCAGCUCUAGUCCACAGGCUCCUCCUUCCCCUUCGAUGACAGUCAAAUCGUGGAAGAGAUCUGCGGCUGCUCUAGAUCAACCUAUUAGAUUUUCGGUGCCGAAGAAUAGGCAAGGGUUGCUCCUCCAACCCGAAGCCAGACACCCCCGACAGGUUCGACGGGUUCCCAUCACAGACAACAGUAAUCGACGUACCAGCAAACUGGCGGGGACAAUUGAGCCUAGGGCGACAAAGGCAAGCCCCAAAAUUACAGGUUCUUGUCCCAAAUCACCCAAGGCAGCCACCUUCCCGCAAACUCAACCCUGUCUUGCCAUUGUCCAUGGUGGGAGCGAUCUAACACGUCCGCCGGAGGGACUGCCGGGAGACGCACGACCUUCUUCCGAGGGAGGAGGACGUCCAAAGGCUCAAUCAAAGUCAAAAGGGAAAAGAAGCAAAAUCAAUGAUGAUCAACCUGACAUACGCCACAUAAUAAAGAAAAUGAUUAGCGAUCAGCAUGGUGUUCUUCUUGGUGGCAAGUUGCUCUGGGAUCAUGUAAUAGCAACAUGGAAUGCACGUCACCCGGAGAUUCUGGCUCCCAACAGAGACGCGUGCCAGGCAGCAGUCACCAGCCUAAUCAAGGACGGACACAUUAUGGAACAUUGGCAUGUCUUUCGUGAUUCCACUGGAGCAUUCGCGAAGUGCCAAUUGCUCACUCUACCUGGCGUUGAUGCAUUCUCUCCAGAAUCCCUCCGACUACUUGACACAGUCAAGAAUGCGCAAGCGACCCAGAGGUCCGAUGCUCAGCCCACCCUAGCAAGAGAUACACGCUCACCUGAGAUUAAAGGGGGAGGACGUGGCCGAAGGCUGCUUGCUAAGGAGGUGGCUGUUCUACAUGCUCCUGUAUAUGUCGCCCAAGUUGCUGCUAAAAAAGAGCAAGUGUCGGAUGCUCGAGAACGGGUGAAGAGGCAAAGGUUCUCUGACACAAGGCAGAACAUGGAGGAUUUUAGCUUCCACAUCACCGAAACGCAACAAAACAUUAGACGUCCGUCGAUGACAGGAGAAUCCAGCUUCUACCCAGAGUUUCAAGACUACCCUCAUACUCUGCCAAAGGCGGCGUCAACAAUGACAGUAGAAUUCCUCCAGCCAAACACGUUUCUAGGCCAGGAUGCACCCCGUGUUUCGUCCCCGGUAUCUAUUCGUGCGGUUAAACGCCUCCUAGCUUCUACAAAAGCCGCCACUGAAGAGCCUGACCCGACUGCAAAUCCACGAAAUAGAGAGCCGUUUUGUCGUUCCACAACUAUUUCUGGCCAGAAUGGAGCAUGGGAAUACUUGGAUACUCAGUAUUUUGAGCGUGUUGGCGGCAGUUUUACCGUGAGCGGAUGGAUGCCAGAUACCCAGUGGUUUGAAUGGACAGCAUUCGUUCAAGCUAUUGAAAAACGACAUGCGAGUUUGAACAGCACAAAAGGCUUGGUUCUUAGAGAUAAUUUCACCAACCACCAAAAUUUCAUAAAUAAGCUUCGGGCGUGUUUCGAACUUGAGAUAUCUUGGGAAAUUGUUUUCAAGCAAUCCUGUAGUAACUCAGCCGGUCCUCACAACCUCUGGAUCAACCUUUUGGGAGAGCCAUCUCCUUCGGUUUCUGCGUGUUAUCGCGAUCUCAGUUGGCCGAAAGAUGAACAACUUACUCAGACAUCAGACUCCCUAGGCGCGAUCGCUACUGAUGUGGCUUGGCUGUCAUCAAGCGAUGAAGAAUUUGAACUUGCUGAAGUUCCGAAGUCUGACAUAAUUCAGUUUCCUAACAAUCGACGGCCUGAGAAUACAGUGUUCAAAGCCAAACGUGUGGCCCUUACUACCCGUGCUUUAACACCUCUCCCCGGCUUGCAACUCAGCCAUGCUGAUAUGGAUGAAGAUGAACCGGAGGGUUAUCCAUUCAAUAGAGUGGACGACUUAAUAGCAGCCUUCGUUGCUGUCCGAACAUUGAUGGGUGGAUCAGAUAAAGCCAUCGACUGGGGCUUGCUCAUGAUUAUUUUUCCAACUGCGAAACUUAGGGACCUGAGGAAGUUCUGGGUCAAAGCAAGGAAACAGCAGGGAUCAUACAUCGCCAAUUUCACCAGGGCGUUCCAAGGGAGGUGUAUCACUGCAUUGGAACGAAACGAAAUACCAAUGAUGAAUUUUGAUCAGCCUGAAGAUUACGACUGGCCAGGAUUGAUCCGAUGGGCUCUUCAGUUACCGCGCCAAGAAGGCUUCGAGAUCCCGUCUUCCAAGAAAGUGUUAAGUGCCCAUUUCGACCUGAAAACUACCAAAGCAGCUGGAGAGGAUUUGCGUGAGCGGUUCUUCCACACUCAGGCUUCUAUUUUCUCAAGAUUUGAAGCGGUAACCGCUGUUCCCGGAGUCUUUGCAAAUGAUGGCGACACCAAGACCCCAAUCGAUGCUUCUCAAUCAAAGGAGGUAGACAUUGCAAGAUCUUGGGUCAAGUCACUGUGCAGCAUGGGAGAUGGGAAGUAUACCGCACGAGAAAUUAGAGACAAGUUCUUCACGCUCUCUCCUGGCAACAGGCAGAGGACGUCGGCGCUCUUCAAAGAAGCCAUUGAGCUUUUAACAAGGCAGAAGAUUAUUUGCAAAAGUAAGAGGCCCCCUCUGGGUGGCCGGCCGUAUCGGCUCAACGAAGGUUAUGUCGCUGCACUCAGCAAAAUGGCCCAAAGUUCCAAGUUUGACGACGCCGCAGCGUUCAAGAUUAAGAUGGAUGCUUCAUUCCGGCAGCAUGAAAGGAUGCGAAUAUCGUAUACAUUAAGCGACGGGGCUAUGAUGGCUCUAACGAAUUUGAAUGCAUCUGGAAGAAUUAAAUUGGUUGCUACAAGCCUGCCCAACAUUCCUUUUGGAUUCGAGCCUGGAAACUAUGAAAGCCGGAAAUACCCAAAAUCUUACUACCACUUUGAAUUGGAGGCCAUGCCUGCAGAGUAUUAUCUCUAUAACGAUCAAAUUGAUGUCCUUCAGGUAGCUCAUAGACGAGGACCACCCUGUGGAAACCCGAACGCAGAAUUACCUCAAUGGGUUGAUUUUUUUGGCGCGCCGAACAAUCGACGAUGGUCAGAAAUACUGGGCGCAUUUUGCUUCAAUUUGGCGACUCGUGGAUCCAUGGAUAUUGACGGUAUCCGCGCUGCUUUGAACCCGAUUUUGGAUGAGUUUGAGGCACAGCUUGUUGUCCAGUGGGGUCAAGAGACUGGAGUACUGACAGACUUCGCUGAUGGCGUAGGAAUUGCAGUCGGAGAAUGGUGGUGGCUGGUUGUGCCCUGGCUUCGACGAGAGUGA